AACGCUGAUAAUGGGUUUGGUUUUGGACAAUACAAUGAACCAAAGUCAUCAACUUUUGGCCAGCAAAGUAAAGCAUUUGAUCUUCUAAAUUCGAAGAUGGCAAAACAAAAUUUGCUCUUAAAUCAAAAGCAUUCAGAUGGAAAAAGCCAAAAUGCAGCAUCCAAUACUGGAGGACAUUUGUCCAACUCUAAAAGCAAUAGCUUUUCGAAAUCGUCAAAGAGUUCGAGUGGAAAAAGUGGCGGAAGUUCAUUCGGAGUUUUCGACAAAACGGGUUUAACCAAUGGUAAGACUGGAACACACCGCGGAGUUGGGUCACGUGGCCGAAUUGGUGAUAUCGGAAACCGUUAUGGACAUAACCAGAUGUUCAACAACUUGGGCAAUUUCUUCAGACAACCCGCCAGUAAAGCAGGGGCGACCAUCAAAGACAAGAACAAAUUCAACUUUGGUAGUUUGGAUGAUUUUAUGAACGAGGAAUUCCGCCACAACCAAGACGCACUGCAGCCUAUAUUUAACAGGAACCCUUUCAGUAACCAAGGAUACGGCAAACUCUUCCCAAAUGAAAACUUUCAACUGGCAUCGGCCAAUAGAGGAAAUGGAAAAAGAAGCAACAGUAAUUCCAUUCCACACAGUGCCGGUAACCUUCACACAGAAUAUGGACGAUUCUUCGAUUUCGUUUGAGAUAAUAUAAAAUAAAAACAACUCACCCAAAAGCUACACAUCUCUGUAUGGUGUGUUAUAUUAAUAUACCACAAUCACAGGGUACAUAAAAUGUCCACCAGUGCAUUACGUAUUAAACAUUACAUCCAAUACCAGUCCUGUAAUCUAUUAAUUAUGUAGCUUUAAUUGUUACUUUUAUAUUCUCUAGGUUAUGUGUUUAUUUCUUUUCGGAUUUUUUUUUUUUUUUAAUUUACACUUCUUGUAAUUUUCUUGUGGUUUUGCGUUGAACUUUUUAUCUUACAACAAUAUAUCUUUUUUAUUACCCGUUUUUUGUUUCUUUCUUUUUUGUAAUUUGUAUUUAACAGAAAACAAUCUGUCCUGUAUUUAAUUUUAAUUUGUGUGUACUUUUGUAAUGCGGAAGAAAAAAAUUUCAAAUAAAGUGCUGUAUAUUU